UCAGACCCAAGCUGAGCUGCUCUCAUUUCUCUUUUCAGUGGAGAUCUGCACACCGCAAACUGUACAGAGAAGCUGUCCAGUGAGGGCACCUAAGUGUUCGGUCCAACCGCCAUAAAAGCCAGGCGACCUUGGAAGUUGCAUCUUACCAGAGAAAGCCACAAGACAAGGCACCAAGAGAUGGAGAAGCCCCACAUACUAGCCACGAAACCUGGAGAGUACAACGGCAUACGUCAGAUAUUUGCACCUCUCCUUGAGAAGCAUUUCACAGUCGUCCCCUAUCAUGAAUUUGAAAAGAACCCAAAUCGCUGGGCAGACAAAAUCCAGGCUCUGAUCGUAUUUUUCAGCAUUCCUAAAAUUAGCAGAGAUCUUCUGCUCUCCUUGCCCAAUCUGAAGGCAGUAAUAAGUGGAGGAGUUGGGGUGGACCACCUGGAUAUCCCUCUGAUAACUAGCUUUGGGGUAAAAAUAGCCAACACGCCCAACAUCGUGGAUAAUGCAACAGCGGACAUGGGGAUGGCAUUGCUACUGGCGUCUGCACGAAAGCUCAUAGAAGGAUACAAGAUUGACAUUUCUCCUGAUAUGACAAAAUUGACACAUUGUGAUCUUGGACAUGAUGUCAGCGGCUCCACUCUCGGCAUUAUAGGAAUGGGCCGAAUUGGAUACAAGAUUGCUAAGCGAGCACAAGGAUUCGACAUGAAGAUUCUGUAUCACAAUCGAAAACAAAGGGAAGCAGAAGAUGAAAAAGCUGUAGGUGCUACCUACUGUGCAAAGAUUGAAGAUCUGCUGCGUGAGUCAGACUUUGUGAUGCUCUCUGUGAACCUGUCUCCUGAGACGCACAAGUUGAUUGGGAAAAGGGAAUUGAGCCUGAUGAAGCCCACGGCCACACUUGUUAAUGUUAGCAGAGGUCAGUGUCAGCUCAUUUUUAAUUUACAGGUCAGAGGAUAUUGGAUGACCGACCCCAAAUCAGCCACUCCUUUGCUGACAUUACUUCUCCCUGCAUUCAACUUAUUCAGAGUGAUGAAAGACCCUCAGCAAGAGUCUCAGCAAGGUAGUGUUGUUAAACACACCUGGAAAACAUGUAAACUGCACACAGAAGGAUCCUGCUUCUCGUGA